AUGAGAGACCUUCUCCAGGAGCUAGUGAAAAGACUGGCUCAGGAGCUGGGACCACAAGAAAGGCGGUGCCUACAAGAUCUACAUAUCACCGAUCCUCGUCUUGAUAGAGAUCGAAUCAUAUCGACCAAAGGAGGGCUAUUGCAAGCUUCAUAUCAGUGGAUCCUCGAGGACUCUACUGUACGCCAUUGGCGUCAAGAGCGGCAGAAAAGUCUUCUCUGGAUCAAGGGCGACCCAGGCAAAGGCAAGACGAUGAUGCUUUGCGGCCUCAGUCAGGAAUUGGAAGAUGCAAGAGAAGGCCCAUCCCUCUUGUCUUACUUCUUCUGUCAGGCUACAGUCCCAACUUUGAAUACAGCCACUGCUGUGUUGAGGGGGCUUUUAUACCUGCUAGUGAUUCGACACCCAUCGCUUUUCCCUCACUUGCAGGACGCCUAUGAGAAGGUCGGCGAUCGAAAGCUCUUUGAGGGAGUGAACAGCUGGUUUGCCUUGAUCAAAAUCUUCAACAAGAUGAUGAAAGAUCAGCUAUUGCAAAAUUCAUGCUUCAUCAUCGACGCUCUCGACGAGUGCUCCGAUCGCGACAAGCUCUUGGAUCUCAUCGUCGAUAGCUGUGCUAGUACGCCCGGUGUCAAAUGGAUCUUGUCAAGUCGGAAACUUCGAGAUAUUGAGGCCAAAUUUGGACGUUGUGAACAUAGCGUCGUGGUUGACCUUGAAGAGCACAACGACUCGACUAUUGAUAGUGUCAAGAAGUUCAUCGGCAGUCGACUUCAGAAGCUGGAGCUUGUUGAGGACAAUCCGAACCUCCAAGAAAAACUCCGAGACAUCAUUCUACAGAAGUCCAAUCGAACAUUUCUCUGGGCUGCUUUGGUCAUUGAGGAGCUCAAGAAUCUUGAAACAUACGAGGAAGAGAGCGAAGUGUUGCAGUUUCUGGAUAAAAUGCCCAGCGGUCUGCCUGAACUAUAUGACAGAAUGAUUGCCCAAAUCAGACAGAUGGGAAGCAAACUGGAUCGGGAUCGGUGCUUUAGGAUUCUAUCGACUAUGGCUACCACCUAUCGCCCCCUCAAUCUGACAGCGCUACCCCUCCUAGCUGAUUUGAAGGGAAAUCUUGCCAAGCCAGAGACACUGAGGAAGUUGAUUCAAAUGUGUGGCUCUUUCUUGACCAUUCAAGAUCAGACGAUCUACUUCAUUCACCAAUCGGCCAAGGACUAUUUGGUUCAAACAGGAAAUCACGUCAUCCAUCAUAACAUAUAUCACCGGUCUGUCGAAGUGCUGAAGUCGCAAGGAGGCUUGAGGGCAAACAUAUACGGCUUGACCUAUCCCGGUGCCAAGAUUGAGGAAAUCUCCCCGCCUCAACCGGAUCCUCUUGAGCAUAUACAGUACUGCUGCGUGUACUGGCUUCAACACUUCUGCGAUAGCCUCGAAGCUAUCAGAGCCCCUGAAACCAAGGUCGUUGAGAAGGUCUUUACGUUCUUACAACAGCAUCUAUUGCAUUGGUUCGAAGCCUUGAGUCUCCUCAAGAGUCUACAGGCGGGCAUCUUAUCGUUGCAGAGACUACUUACGCUCUCCACCGUUAGUCCUCCUCCAUACAUACAUCGCUCAACCUCUUGUGAUCGCUUCUCAAACUUCUUCCAAGACGCUUGCCGCUUCUGCAUCCAUAACAGAUAUAUCAUCGAAACCGCUCCACUUCAGGUUUACGUUUCCGCGCUCAUCUUCAGUCCGCGUCAGAGUGAGAUACGGCAGCAUUUCCAAAGCGCGCUGUCUUGGAUCAAGCUGUUACCUGAUGUUGGUGACGAUUGGGACUCAUGUCUGUUCACCCUAGAAGGUCAUGAAUCUAGGGUCGUGUGUGUGGCUUUCUCAGACGACUCUAGAUUCUUGGCUUCGUCAGCUGGCGAUGGGACUGUCCGAGUUUGGGAUCCAACUACUGGAGACGCCAUUCAUGCCUUUCCAAUAAUGGUAGAAUCCGGUGUUCGGUUUUCAGACAAUUCCAAGUGGCUUGCUUCAAUCUCAAGUCUUGAACUAUCGGUAUGGGACGUUGAGGCUGGAAUUCUCAGGCUUUACUUAGAUUUGCAUGCCUAUUGCCCCAGCAACCGGUUCUCUGGCUCCUCCAGCUUUAUAUGGGAACGGUCCGCGAUACCAAUCUGGGAUACGACGACGGGGGAGCUAGUCGAGAAGCUUCCUCUAGGUUUGGACGAAUUAUUUGGUACGGUUUGUGCGUUGUCAAGUGGAUCAAAGUUUCUGGCUCGAAAAAUCAACCAUAGCCAGGUUCAGAUUACCAGCUCCUUAACAGGAGAUGUCAUUCAUUCGCUGCAAGGUUUCGUGGACGAAAUCGUGGUUAUCGUCUUUUCGCCCAAUUCCGAGUACUUGGCAUUAUAUUACGGAAGAGGGUUCGCUCAAAUCUGGCAUAUUACAGCAGAUGAUGCAAUCCUGAUGCCUAACACAUAUUACAAUGUCGGGCCGGUUGCUUUUUCUCAUGACUCUAAGCUUGUAUCCUUUGGCUAUAAAGAUGGCAGCGUACGAGUCUGGGAUUUGGAGGAUGGAAUCGAACUACAACUGCAUACUGGACAUAUAGAGCCCGUGAAUUGGGUGGCCUUCUCGAAGGAUUCCAGGUUUCUAGCCACAGCUUCGAAUGAUUGGACGGUUAAACUAUGGACGACAACCACGGCGAAGCAAGACCUGCCGGUGAAGCAUUACGGGCUGGAAGAGAAGAUUAUCGCAUUGUCAGAUGACGGUAAGCUCACAGCAACGGGGAACAAACGAGGCGUUAUCGAGGUAUGGGAU